AAGGAAGCACACAGCAACAGGCUGCAACAGGACUUCCUGCUGGAAACAACAACUUCUCCAACGUUCGGCUCUGUGGUCCCACUCGACGUCAUAAUCGCGCGACCAUCCCGGAAGUGUGUGCAGGAGCCAAAAUGGCGCCGAAUUGGAGGGAGGCAACGGAAGAAGCUGAUGUCGGUUAAGAAAAAGAGAACUAGGAGCACCGUGACUAUACACCGUUGAGGUUACCCGAGAAGAAGAAAAGGGCCACAGUUAGACCGGAGAAGAAGAAAGGAGCCACAGUUAGACCGGAGAAGAAGAAAGGAGCCACAGUUAGACCGGAGAAGAAGAAAGGAGCCACAGUUAGACCGGAGAAGAAGAAAGGAGCCACAGUUAGACCGGAGAAGAAGAAAGGAGCCACAGUUAGACCGGAGAAGAAGAACCUAACGCAGUUAAACAGUAGAAGAAGAAUAACGCAGUUAAAUGGUGUGGUAAUGGCGGAGCGGCGGGUGGAGUGUUCGUGGAAGAGACACGUCUCAGAGCAGCUGAAGAUCAGAGACCGAGUUCAGAGACAGGCCUUUGAGGAGAUCGUCCUCCAGUAUAACCGUCUGCUGGAGAAGUCCGACCUUCAGACCGUUCUGUCAGAACGAUACCAGACGGACAAGUAUGACGUCCAGAGAGGACACGAGGCCAGCUCGGGGACUGACGUCCUGCAGCAGGAGAUGUCUCAGAUGAGAAUCAAACACCAGGAGGAGCUGACGGAGCUGCACAAGAAACGAGGAGAGCUCGCUCAGAACGUGAUCGAACUGAACAACCAGAUUCAACAGAAGGACAAGGAGAUCCAGAGCAACACGGCCAGGAUGUUGGAGUACCAGCAGCAGAUCACCAGCCUGGAGGGAGACUGUCGGGAGCUGAGGAGCUUCCUGCAGGACCUAGAGAGGGCCAACCAGACCCUAAAAGAUGAGUACGACGCCCUGCAGAUCACCUUCUCUGCUUUGGAGGAGAAGCUGAGGAAGACCACCGAAGACAACCAGGAGCUGGUGUCCCGCUGGAUGGCCGAGAAGGCUCAGGAGGCCAACAAGCUGAACGCCGAGAACGAGAAGGACAGCAGGCGUAGACAAGCCAAACUGCAGAAGGAACUGGCCGACGCAGCCAAAGAGCCGCUGCCCAUCGAGCCGGACGACGACAUUGAGGUUCUGGCAGAGGACGGGGGCAAGGGGGCUGGAGAGACCUCCCCGAAGAGGCCGCUCAUCAGAACUCCGAGUAAGAACAUCGCCCAGCCUCCUCCUGGUGGUCUGCUGGACUCCUUCUCCAACAUAUUUGGGCGUCGACCUGCCAACUCUUCCAGCUCUUCACCUGAAAACAAUGAAGCCCCUUCUGGAGUGUGUGCAGAGGUUCGAGUCCCUUCAACAGCUCUGCACGUGUUUGAAGCACACGACGGAGAGGUCAACGCAGUGAGGUUCAGCCCUGGAUCUCGUCUCCUAGCAACAGGAGGGAUGGACCGUAGGGUGAAACUGUGGGAGGUCGUUGCAGGUCACUGUGAGCCUAAAGGCGCUCUAACCGGCAGCAACGCUGGAAUCACCAGCAUCGAGUUCGACAGCACUGGCUCCUACCUGCUGGCCGCCUCCAACGACUUCGCCAGCCGGAUCUGGACCGUAGACGACUACAGGCUGAGGCACACCUUGACGGGUCACAGUGGGAAGGUGCUGUCAGCUCGCUUCCUAUUGGACAAUGCUCGAAUCGUCUCCGGGAGCUACGACCGAACACUCAAGCUGUGGGACCUCCGCAGCAAAGUCUGUAUGAAGACCGUCUUCGCUGGUUCCAGCUGUAACGACAUUGUGUGCACGGAGCAGUGCGUCAUGAGUGGACACUUUGAUAAGAAGGUCAGAUUCUGGGACAUCAGAACGGAGAGUAGAGGUCAGGAGCUGGAGCUGCUAGGCAGAGUGACCUCUCUGGACCUGAACCACGACCGCACCGAGCUGCUCACCUGCUCCAGAGACGACCUGGUGAAGAUCAUCGACCUGCGCACCAACGCUGUGAGACAGACGCUCAGUGCUCAGGGCUUCAAGUGUGGAGCCGAUUGGACCAGAGUCACCUUUAGUCCUGACGGCCGCUAUGUGGCCGGAGGAUCAGCUGAUGGAUCUUUGUACAUCUGGAACGUCCUGACGGGGAUUGUGGACCGAACUCUGGACCGAAACCACAACUCUGCCAUCAACUCGGUGUCCUGGUCGCCUUCAGGAGCAUUCGUCGCCAGUGUGGAGAAAGGCGGUAGGGCCAUCCUGUGGUCUGACAUGUGAUUGGCUGGAGAGGAAGGAGGAAGGAAGGAGGAAGAGAUGAUGAGUAGGACGUUGAACACUGGAGCUCCUGGUUGAUGUACUCGGACUGAAUCCGAAGGAGUGGACAUGUUGCUCUGUCUUGUGGACAUGUUUAACAUAAACACAGCUUGAAUCUGAUGUUUACGUUCUAUCUUCCGGACUCUUUGAGAAGCUUUUAAUGUUUCAGAAACUCGUGAUUUAAUUGCCUCCACAAUGUUUAAGACUUCAUCAAGUUAAUAAAAGGUGUGUGCGUGCGUGUGUGUGUGUGUGUGUGUGUGUGAGUGUACUGCUGAAGCUAGCAGACAGACUGCUGAGUCUGACUGACAGAAACUUAUCAGCUCAGUAGAGACGAAUGCUGCUAAUCAUGUGAUGGAACAAUCGUGUCAGAAUCACAACAACAACAAAUAUUAUGUAAAGACUUAUUGAUGUAGUAUGUAGUUAAUCCACAUCUAUAUACUGUAAAUAUAUAUCAUUUAAAACUA